AUGGCGGAGCUUGUGGCCACCAUGGUGGUCGGACCACUGCUCUCCAUGGUGAAGGAGAAGGCGUCCAGCUACCUCCUCGACCAGUACAAGGUGAUGAAGGGCAUGGAGGAGCAACAUGAUAUCUUGAAGCGCAAACUGCUGCUCAUCUUGGAUAUCAUCACCGACGCCGAGCAAGUGGCAGCCGAAUCUGCGCAGGCAGCAGCCCGCAAAGCAGGAGUUACGGCCUGGCUCGAGGCCACAAAGAAGGUGGCUUAUGAGGCGAAUGAAGUCUUUGAUGAGUUCAAGUAUGAGGCACUUCGUCGCCAAGCAAAAAGGAACGGGCACUACAGGGAGCUUGGCUUCCAUGUGGUAAAACUCUUUCCCACUCACAACCGUUUUGUAUUCCGUAACAGGAUGGGAAGAAAGCUCUGCAAGGUUGUUCGGGACAUUGAUGUCCUUGUGAAUGAAAUGAAUGCCUUUGGCUUUCAAAAUCAGCAACGACAGCCAGUAACCAACCAGUGGCGGGAGAUGGAUAACGAUAUCUUCGAUGUGAAGAACAUCACAAGCAGAUCGAGGGAGAAUGAUAACAAGAAUGUUGUUGAUAUUAUAGUUGGUCAGGCCAACAAUGCAGAUCUCACGGUUGUUCCCAUCGUUGGAAUGGGGGAUCUGGGCAAGACCACGUUAGCACAACUUGUUUACAAUGACCCUGAAAUUCAGAAGCAUUUCAAUAUGCUGCUAUGGGUGUGUGUCUCUGACGUCUUUGAUGUGGAUUCUCUGGCAAAAAGUAUAGUUGAUGCAGCUCCUGGGAAGAAAGACGAUGGUACAGAAGCACUUGCUUCAAAGAAGAAGAAUGAUGGUACAGAAGCGGCAGCUUCCAAGAAGAAGACACCGCUGGAUAUCCUUCAAAAUGUUGUGAGUGGGCAUAGGUACCUCCUUGUAUUGGAUGAUGUCUGGACAAGAGAGGUUCAUAAAUGGGAAAAGCUCAAGGCACGCCUUGAACAUGGUGGCAUGGGUAGCGUGGUCUUGACAACUACUCGUGAUCAAGGAGUGGCUGAAAUAAUGGGCACUGUUGAACCUUAUAAUCUCAAAGCCUUGGAAGAAAAAUAUAUAAAGGAAAUAAUUGAGACAAGAGCAUUCAGUUGUUUUCAGAGGAAAGAGGACAGGCCGAUCACAUUGGUGAAUAUGGUUGGUGAGAUUGUGAAGAGAUGUGUUGGGUCUCCUUUAGCUGCAACAGCACUGGGCUCCGUACUGCGUACCAAGACUAGUGAGGAAGAAUGGAAGGCUAUAUCAAGAAGAAGUAGCAUUUGCACCGAGGAGAUUGGAAUCUUACCAAUACUCAAGCUUAGUUACAACGACUUGCCGUCACAUAUGAAGCAAUGCUUUGCUUAUUGUGCUAUAUUUCCCAAAGAUUACGAGAUUGAUGUGGACAAGCUGAUCCAACAAUGGAUUGCACAUGGCUUUAUUAUUGAAGAAAAGCAUGUUCGUCUUGAAACCAUCGGGAAACAUGUUUUCAAGGAGCUGACCUCAAGGUCAUUCUUUCAGGAUGUGAAACAAGCCCGAGCCACAGUUAAGGAGAUUGAAGAAACUGGCUUGUGUUAUUGCAGAACUACAUGUAAAAUCCAUGAUCUUAUGCAUGAUGUUGCACUGUCUGUAAUGCAAAAGGAGUGUGCCUUGGCAACUGAGGAACCAAGUCAGAGUGAGUGGCUUCCAAACACUGCUCAACAUUUAUUUUUGUCAUGCAAGAAACCAGGAAAACAAUUGAAUAUUUCUAUGCAGAAUAGCUCUCCAGCUAUCCAAACACUUAUGUGUGAUAGUUAUAUGGAAAAUUCGUUGCAGCAUCCGUUGAAAUACAAUGCUUUGCAAGUAUUACAGUUCCGUUCAUACAGAAGCUCAUUUCCACUAAAACCAGACCAUCUACAUCACCUGAGGUACCUAGAUCUCUCAGGAAGUUAUAUCAAAGCACUUCCUGACGAUUUCAGCAUUUUGUAUAACCUGCAAACGCUGAACCUCUCUUGCUGCGAAUAUCUUGCUCGACUUCCCAGACAACUGAAGUAUAUGACUGCCCUUCGUCACCUGUACACUCAUGGUUGCCCACAGCUGAAGAGCAUGCCUAGAGACCUCACUGAACUUACAUCCCUACAGACACUUACAUGUUUUGUAGCAGGUAGUGGCUCUAAAUGCAGUAAUGUUGGAGAGCUUGGGAAUUUAAACCUUGGUGGUCAACUAGAGCUACGUAAUCUAGAGAAUGCGACAGAAGAAGAUGCAACGGGGGCUAACCUUGUGAACAAGAAAGAACUAAGAGAACUGACAUUAAGAUGGUCUGCUGGAGGGAAUGAUGCAAGAGUACUGCUGGCGAAUCUCAAACCUCAUGAUGGGCUGCAUGCUAUAAGGAUACACUCCUAUGGAGCUACUACCUUUCCAACAUGGAUGGCUAUGUUGCAAAAUAUUGUUCAUAUGCAUCUCUUCCGUUGUGAAAAACUGCAGUGGUUGUUCAGCCAUGACAGUAACACAUCCUUCACAUUUCCAAAUUUGAAGGAGCUUACACUACAAGUUCUUGUCUCUUUAGAGAGAUGGUGGGAAACGGAUAAUGAUGGGAUGCAAGAAGAGAUAAUGUUUCCUCAGCUUGAGAAGUUGGUUAUUAGGCACUGUGGAAAGUUGACAGCAUUGCCAGGACAUCCGACCUUCCCUAACCUCCAGGACGUUCGCAUUAAGGGAUGUCCAGAAUUGAGAACUGAAGCUAAAUCACCAAAGCUCAGUGUAUUGAAGAUGGCAGGACGCGAGGUAGAGUUGUUCUUGUGGGUAGCGAGACAUAUGACUUCAUUGACCAAUCUGGAACUGACUAGCAUUGAACAUAGUACAGAUACAACCUCGAUGGGGGUUGAGAAUAGUUUGAGGGAAGUGGUGAACAUCAAGGAGAAUGGGAAUGCUCAAGACUUUCCUCUAGAAGUUUUGGUGUUAAUAGACUUUAAGUCAGGUGUAAGUGUAACGGAGCUGUGUGCAUGCUUUGUAUACCUUCAAGAUUUGUCAAUUGUGAGGUGCCAUACGCUCGUCCACUGGCCAGAAAAACUGUUUGACGGAUUGGUAUCCUUGAGGAAGCUUCUGAUUAGGCAAUGCAAUAAUUUGACUGGAUAUGCACAAGCUGCUGUUGAGCCAUCAACAUCAUCCGAAAUCAGUCAGCUCCUGCCACGUCUAGAGUAUCUGACGAUUAGUAAUUGUGAAAACUUGGUUGAGCUCUUCAACGUCCCUGCAUCUCUCAGGACAAUGUACAUUUCUAGUUGCAGAAAGCUUGAGUCUCCAUUCGGCAGGAAGCAGCAGCAGGGACAGUCAGUAUCAUCGAUUCAUCAAGGGUCAUCCAGUAUAGAAAAUUUAUCAUUAUACAGCUGUGACGGCUUAACAGGGGUCCUCUAUCUCCCCCGGUCCCUCAAGGGACUACACAUUGUUAACUGUGGUGGGUUGGCAUCUCUGGAAUCCUGCUCUACUGAGUUCCAAUCCUUGGAGUUCCUCGAGCUUUGGGAUUGCAAGACCCUGGAAUCCCUACCGGAUGUGGCGCAAGCAUACUCAUCUCUCCAAUAUCUUUGCAUUACAGUCUGCCCUGGUCUGAAGACGCUCCCUGCAAGCCUGCAGCAACGCCUUGGCAGCAUCCAGCAUGCAUACGUAGAUGCCCAUCUUUAUGGAAAUAAGCCUAUGCUGCUGAAGCCGAAGACAUGGAAGUAUGUCUGCAAAGGUUGA